CCAGGUCUAAGUGACCUUCAGCAAGCAGUUAAACUCUAGUAGUGUGUUUUUCAUUUACACAGUGGAGAUAUAAACUUCCUCAUGUGGUACCUGUAAAGGUUCAAUGGGAUUGUUAACGUGGUUCCUGCCAAGGUUCUCAGAGAAGGUUCAAGCAGCGGUGGUAGUGUGGUCAUACAAAGCAGGAUUACCUGGAGUCUCUGGGCCUCUGUCAGACAACAUAAAUUAGAUCUCCCUCUGGAUUUUCAUCCCUUACUGAGUUCUACAUUAAAAAAGAGAAAAAAGACAGCUUUGCCUUGUCUUGAAGUAAUAAUGAAGCAUUAAAGGUUGGAUGGGAGUGCACUGGUAAAACACCAUGCUCUGCAAGGUUGGCUCUCAUGGGAAGGUCCUGAGUUUGCAUCCAGAACCUCCCUGAACAGACUAAGUAUGCAGAACUGCCCAAGAUCUGGGAGUGGCUGAGGCUAGGCAUGGACCAUCCCAUCGGGGAAGAAGUAUUACCGUGGAUUCGUUAUUGUAGCCAUUGCUAUUGUAUGCUAGUUUCAUCUUUUCCCUGCCAGAUCUUGACUUAACCUUUCUGUAUUUGCAGUCCAACAAGGAGUUAACCAAAGACCGAGAUUCCCUCAAGUUGGAGUUAUAUGAGAACAAGUAGGAUGGGUGAAGGUGGGAGGGAGGCCUGGGAGUCUUACCGAGGGAAAUAUAGUAGGAGAUGGGAGGGUGAGCAUGCCAAAGUACAGAGCUUAGUGUAGUCCCAGCUAAGUGCCACCCAGGACUUUGAUCCUAGGGUCCUCUCCAGUACCAUGGUUCUGCUAAGGUUGUGGGUUGUUCACCUAAGUGAGUCUAUGUGUUUUUUGCUCAUUCCCUUCCACUGCCUCUGGUCAUAGCAAAAGCAAUGAAGACCUGAAGAAGCUGAUCUCUGAACUAGAGGAGAAACUUCGACUGCUCACUGCCGAAAAGGCAGCUGGGCAUCUCAGGAUGGAGGAGCUCCAGAAGAAACUGGAGAUGUCAGAGCUGUUGUUACAACAAGUGACAGAGAGCAGCCCCUGGGAGUGUGACCCCAUUCAGCUGUGGCCGUGGUCUCCAUGAAUCACUGGGUGGUCUGCAGCCACAGUUAGAAAAUUUAGAUCCUUGAUAUGGUCCUGUCAUAGGCUUCUUCUGAGAUUGCUAAAAAUCUACAAAUAGGGACCCUGCUUAGCCCUGCAAAAUCAGUCUUAGGGGUAGGGUAUUGUACACAUUUUUAUUUCUCCCACUAGGGCCCCUUUGAGCACCCUCCUCCUAUUUGAUUCCCCUGCCCUCUACCUUUUCUGGACCUCCAACUCUUCUUGACGGGGGGAAGGAAAACACAGCAGGAGGGUCCACCGAGGUUUCUAGGGGGGAAGGGCUCCCUUCUACAUCUCUGUCCCUCUUGUGACCUGAGUGUUGUCCCUACAAAAACACAUGCACCUGUUGCCGGCAGCAGAAGGAACAAGGACUCUAUCACCAACAGCUGGCUCACCUGGCAGCUCCAUCCCAGGAAGACCCAGAGAGGGAGCCCGUUGCCUCUGGGACCAGGGGUGGCUGUGUGUCUAGGGAGAGCCACGAGGCCCUAGAGCCGGCCAUGGUGCAGCUGUAGAUGAGUGAGUCUGUACUAACAUGGUGCACAAAGGGUGGGCAUGGGGCGAGUUGCUGCUGAGACCUGACACUGUUUCUGUGGCUCCAGAGCCACUUCCUGCAGUGUAUGAAGGAGAAGGGAGACCUUGAACAUCGUAUGAGUGAAUUAGAGUGCCGCUUCCACCUGUACUGUGGAGAAACCAACACCAUCAUCCCUACAGGACAGUACAAUGCCCUGCAGCACAACCAGGAUGCAACCCUGAAGGCAUGUAGCCAGGAGAACACGGAUUACAUCAGCUGGCUGGAGCACAACCAAGGGGAGAUGGAGGUGAAGCUGCAGGAGGUGCAGAACACGGUGCCUCAACUUGUGGGAAAAUUCACCGAGUGUCCCUGGCCUCUGCCCAGAGCCCUUUCCUGGCGCCCACACCAGCUCUGCCAGCCUUGCAGGACUUCAGAGCUGCAGACCGACCAUCCCGAGAUCAGCCUCGCUGACCCUGUGCCACCUGCACAAAGCCAAGCCAUGAUGGGAUCUCUUGCUGGGAACCUCACUGGAGAGAAGGCAGAACAGCUGUUGCCUGACAUGAAGAAGCCACAGGAGUGUGCUGGUUUGGGCAGCAACCCCUGCAUGCCCUUCUACCAGACUGAGAGGGAUGAGCUGAAUAUCCUGGUCAUCUGA